AAUGACACCAUGUCUACUACAACAAUCGUAUCAGCGCCGGGAAAGGUCUUAGCAGCGGGGGGAUAUCUUGUCCUCGACCAGCAAUAUCCAGGGGUAGUGAUCUCUACAUCUUCGCGAUUUUACACCGUUAUCCAGGCUUCGUCGGGCUCUGCGAAUCAGAUCGUGGUCCGAUCUCCCCAGUUUCAUCAGGCCGAGUGGAGAUAUACCGUGACCUAUGAUGCUGCGGGUAUUCUGGUAACCCCACGAGAGGACAGUGUUGGGGGGAAGAACAAAUUUGUCCACCUGGCACUCCAGCACACCCUGAAUCUCGUGUCAGAGAUUCAUUCUGUAGCCCAAGUACAAGAAAGGCUCUCCCGUGGUCUCGAUAUAGCUGCUGUGGGCGAUAACGACUUUUACUCUCAGCGUGCACAGCUGGAGUCGUUAGGGCUCCCUCGAACGAUCAAAUCUCUCUUGCAAAUUGAGCCUUUUUGUCACAAUGGCGUGAAACUGACAGAUGUGCACAAAACCGGCAUGGGCUCCUCCGCAGCGCUCAUCACUUCGCUCGUCUCCGCGCUGCUUAUCCAUUUUGCGGCCAUAACAGAGGAAGAUUUUGCCACUCUAGAGGGGGAUGGCAGACGCCUCGCCCACAACUGCUGCUCAAUUUGUAAGGUGGGCAGCGGAUUUGACGUGUCUUCCGCCGUGUUCGGGAGUCAAAUUUACAGGCGGUUCGGACCUGCUGUUUUGGACCCGCUGAUGAAAGGCGAUUUUGCGACAGGCACGUUGAAGAGUGUUCUGAACUCCAGCGCCUGGGAUUAUAGCUUCAGGCCGAUCCAGCUUCCCCCGUUGACGAGACUGGUACUGGCAGAUGUCGAAGCAGGAAGCGAUACUCCUUCUUUGGUUGGUAAGGUGUUAAAGUGGAGAGGACAUGAAGACAGCUGUGAAACAGCGAAGGAACUAUGGACACAGAUCGAUGAAUCGAACCAAUCUCUAGCGCGGCAGUUGGACGCGCUUUCGCAGUCGUAUGUUCAGGACAAAGACGCAUACGAACAGACCGUUGGAAAACUUGCUUAUCUGCCGGCGCACGAAUGGGAGAGUGUUUCCAAGGCAUUUUAUGCCCUGCAUCAAACUACCCAGCAAAUACGCAACCUGAUGCGGAGAAUGGGCGACCUUGCUGGCGUUGAGAUUGAGCCUGAGCAACAAACCCAUCUACUCGACCAAUCAAUCGAGCAGGCAGGUGUUAUCGGCGGUGGUGUUCCAGGCGCUGGCGGAUAUGAUGCCAUCUGGCUGCUGAUCUGCAGCCCACCAGGUACUUCGGCACCUUCAACUGAAUCCAACGUCACCCCUCUCCUUGCACAGGAAAGUGUCGCCAAAGGUGCUCGCGUCGUGCAGCUCAACGAAAUACCAGGGCUCAGGGAAGCGAUUCAGCGCCGAUGA